AGUCUUGUUGCGACCGUCGAGCGCGAGCCAACUGAUUAUCCAAAGUGCGCUGCUUGAAGCCUUUUGAAAUCUUUACGUAGACUUUCUGCCCUUUUGGUUUUAACCGCCGCUCAUUUAGUUUAAUAGUGGAGAAAAAAUUUCAGGAUUUUUUUUCUUUUUGAACGUAAAGAUGAACUAAAAUGUGUUGUGGAUAUGGAGUCAAUAAUUUUAAUGGGAAAUAAUAAUACGGAAUACCUCCUGGAAAAUAUGGAUAGUAGUGCUACUGAUGGUGAAGGGCUUAUUGACAAUGGCACAUUUGUGGAGAAAACAAUCGAAAUCAUUGAAGAACAAGAUGCGGUGACCACGAUGUCAAUACUGGUUAUAGGUGUAUUUCUGUUUCUCCUAAUAUUUCUGUCAGUAGCUGGUAACAUUUUAGUAUGUAUUGCUAUAUAUACUGACAGGGGCCUACGCCGAAUAGGAAACCUUUUUCUAGCCAGUUUAGCCAUUGCCGAUCUAUUUGUUGCCUGUCUGGUAAUGACGUUCGCUGGUGUUAAUGAUAUUUUAGGAUACUGGAUAUUUGGUGCUCAAUUCUGUGACACUUGGGUGGCCUUCGACGUAAUGUGCUCAACUGCUAGUAUACUCAAUCUCUGCGCCAUAUCGUUAGACAGAUAUAUACACAUCAAAGACCCCCUUAGAUAUGGUAGAUGGGUGACAAGAAGAGUUGCUUUGGGUAGUAUAGCUACAAUAUGGCUAUUGGCGGCUUUGAUAUCUUUUGUUCCGAUUUCAUUAGAGCUCCACAGGCCACCUCAACCACUAGUUUAUAAUGCGGGUGGACAGAAUUAUCCGACAUGCGCUCUAGACCUUACUCCCACGUACGCCGUUGUCUCUAGUUGCAUAUCUUUCUAUGUUCCAUGUAUUGUAAUGAUAGGAAUUUACUGCAGACUUUAUUGCUAUGCACAAAAGCAUGUGAAAAAUAUUAGAGCAAUCACCAGACCGAUCGAUUUACCAGAUGCAGCUACAAAAAAGAAAAGUACGAAACAGAAGAAUAAAGCUCUUCAUAUCCAUCUUCACAAUCAUCACAGUAGUCCAUAUCACGUUAGUGACCAUAAAGCUGCCAUAACCGUAGGCAUAAUAAUGGGCGUCUUCCUCAUAUGCUGGGUUCCGUUUUUCUGCAUAAACAUAGUAACAGCCUUUUGCAAAACAUGCAUACCAGACAUCACGUUUAAAAUACUCACUUGGCUGGGUUAUUCAAACUCAGCUUUCAAUCCGAUAAUCUACUCAAUUUUUAAUACGGAAUUCAGAGAAGCUUUCAAGAGAAUUUUGACAGCACACUAUCCAGCGUGGUGCAAAUGUGGUUAUCAGAGCGUCUCAUUUAACAACGACAAAUACGUGACCGAUUAUGGCACGAAAACGUUGGUCGUAAAUGCCAGAAGAAACGGUAGCUUUGGAGAAUAUUCGAGCGAGCAUCUUAGCUGCGAGUCGGUGAGACAUACUAGAGUUAAUUCCGAAAAGGAUAUAUUGGAAGAUAUCAGCGCCAUUUGACAGGAUUGUGCCAAUUUGCAAGAUACCAUGGUGUAGAAUAGAGGUACAAAAUUGAGGUUUUCGAAUAAUAUAGAAUCAAAAUAGUUUUCAGUUAAUUCCUGCCAAAAGUAUAAUUAAUACUCAGAAACAUAUUAUAAUGAAGAUAUUUAUGUUCAAGUUUGAAAUUUAAGAGCUUGAAGAUAUUGAAUAUAGGCUCGUGAGCAAAAUAAUCUACUCAAGUCGCACGUUCUCGGUCAAAAGUCUCUACCUUUAUAAUGGGUGGUCUAUAUUACUAUUGAGUUAUUUUGGGGUAAAGAAAAAAUAUUAAACAAAAAGGAAUCUUAAAUAAUGGAAAAGGGUUAUAAAUAACAGUAAAAGCUCGAAUGUAUGUAAGUCCAGGCUACGCACUUUCGGCAAUUUCGACAUACUGUUAAUACUGCCGUACGUAACCUGCAGUAUGUGAACGGCCAUUGUAUUGUUUUCGAGGAAUAGGCACCUCCAAAAGCCACGUUUCCUUUUAUGCAGCACUACGCAAAUUUUUCUAUAGAUCUUCUGUAGAUUCGUCCGUUUCUAUCGCUACCAUGUAAGCAUACUCUGAGGAGACAACGAGCCCUAUUGUUCGUCAGUUUAACUAACGUGUUCUCUGACAAAUCGUAGAUGGGCUGGAGUUAAUUCAAGGCCAGUAGAUGGCUCAAGAUUAGUUGCCUUAAAUCUUCAUCUGACUAUCCAGACACUCCAGCCAUUCCUCGCGUUUCUCUGAGCUGUUUUCGAGAUUGAACACCGAUGUACUUUUUCUUUCGCAUCUUCUAUCAAAGUUACUAGUCUGUUGUUAACGAAGGUAAACUCUAGAACCAGCAGAUUGUCUCAUGUUCAGCGUACUGGCCACUGCUCGCUGACUCUGGCCAUGUCUCUAUAAAGUAACCACCUGAACAGCUUUAUCAUUUGUUGUGUCCAUUUAUAGGUAGAUUUCUUGAUUGUUGUUAACGGAGAUGUGUAUUGGAUGGCUUUUGAUUGCUAACUAAUAGUAACGAGUCUGGUUUUAUUAUUUUAAACAAGCAUAAAAUUAGCUUUUAGAUGUUACUGAGAAAAUGACUUUCGAUUGCAGGAGUGACGCCUGAGUUGAUUUUUAUGCUCACAAGUGAUCAUUUUUAAUUGAUCCUCAUAUUAAUUUAUCAUAAUUUGAUUCGUAAUGAAUUUUAAUACUGUUAUGCCGUGUUCACGACGCCACCUUCUUGUAAUAAAUCUUAUAUCGUAGCACAAUACGAGGUCUGACUAUUAAAUAACGAGACUAGUUACGAAAAAGGGUUUUAUUAUAAAAAUUAUUCUACAUUCGAAUGCUUCCCUUCAAUAUACUCUCCUCCCUUCGCCACACACCUUUCCAUACGUUUUUUCCAUUGAUCGAAGCAGUGCUGGAAGUCUACUUUGGUUGGGUAGCCUUUAGGAGCUGUUCAGUUUUUACUUUACCGCUUCCAUCGACUCAAAUCAGGUCCCUUCCAAAGCAAAUCUUUUUCUAACCUUUCAAGUAAAUCGAGCAGACCCAUUGGCAAGAUCUUUUGGCCAGGAGUCAGAUUUUUUGGCACCAGCUUCGCACAACUUCGGUGAUGUGUAAUUCCUCGUGUAAAAUUAUUCUAACCGAUUGUUUAUUGGCGCUUACAGCCUCGGCAAUCAUCCGGAUGUUCAUUCAACAAUCUGCACGCACAAUUUAGUAGUUGAUUUUUGUCAUUGUUUCCGGAGUUAAAACAGUCACAGGACGACCCGAGCGCUUCAGUUCUCUCUCAGCCCUCACUAAAACGCUAACUCCACUCAAAAAUACGCGCACGAGAUAGACAAGACCUUUUGCAACAAUUUAAAGCGCUCAGUUGGAGGUUUUUCAAUUUAACGAGAAAUUUAAGAUUGAUACGUUGCUUGUAUUUUUUGGUAAGAAAAAAAAACACGUUCGUUUCCAACCUCUACUGCACAAAUACGAGAAUAGUGAUGGAAAAGUGUUUUGGAACGUGCAUAGACAAGAUAUCUAAAUACCCAACGCACUACUCGUUUUUUACCCCACUUGUCUAGGGCGCCCUCUAGGCGAGCAGUCUCGUUAUUUAAUAAGUAGACCUCGUAUGCAGUAGCUGAAUAAAUAACAAUGAUUCAUCAAAACCUAUACUUUCCCUUUUCAAUUAAUAGAUGUUUUAUUCAUACGACGGCUGUAGUAACGCGCAUUGUCGAUAAUAAUUACCGAUUCUACAGAGGGAGUCUCAUAAGUAAUGUCGGUUUUCAUGUGAGAGAUUUCCUACACCUCAAUUUCAACAUCGUGCAAUUUGUUUCUGCUUCUGUGAUUCUUUUUGUUUAUUGACAACGCAGUAUAUUUUUAUAUUAAAUAGUAUUAAUAAAUAUGAAAUUGAAAUUCGUUUAUUGUUAAGAUAUUAUUGGUAACAAAAGCUUAUAGUGGCCGUGCCAGCAAGGAAAAUGUGAGAAAUAUCCAGGUCAAGUCAACGGAAAGCGGGUUUUCAUACAACAAAACAAUAAACCCCAUUCUGCCAAAGUUGCGCCGAAUAAGAUUGAAGAACUUGGUGCUAUUGAGGUCCUACCAUAUCCACCAUUUAGUCCAGAGCUGGUGCUCACAUAAAUUACUAUUUCAGAUCCAUGGCAAAGUACUUGUGUGUCAAAAAUUUGAAUUGACAAUACAGUGCGUGCAUUUCAAACCAGGGUUUUAACCCCUGUUGGGUGUAAAUCAUAGAAUACGACGGGCUACACUUCAAAUAUUAAAGCUUUCUUUUUGUAUCAUUAUUUAAUAAUAAGCAAAGUGAUCAUCAUUUACGAGACACCCUCUAUAGUUCUAAAUUAUAGAAAAACAAACUGAAUUCGUAAUUUUGUCACAGCCAGACAGUUUUGUAUCAGGUAAACAAAAAAUCCUGAAUGUACUAUGUGGGUAAAGGCGAGAGAUCUUUCUCCGAAGUUGGUUUUCAGUCAGUUUUAAAUCCGUCAUCAAAAAUUAUUUCAUAAUUCUUAAAUAUUCAAAUAUAGCGAAAUCUUUUAUUUAUCUGAUUCUUUUUCGCAAAAAUUUCGACAGUAUAUUUUGUUGCCAAAACGUCAAAAUCUACGAAUUUUUUUCAAAAACUAUUUCAGAUAUAACAUCGUCUAUUGUUUAUAAAUGACUUGAUUGUAUUUACAUAAAAUUGAUAUUUUGAAAGGUUCCUGCGCAAAGAUUGACUCACGAUUGUUCGUCUACGUUUUUAGUUUCUGCAAGGAAACGCCAAAACUCAUUCUACUAGUUCUGUAGCAACUGGAUUACUUCGUAAAAUUAGUCAUUGACAUAAUAUGCCAAUACAGUAUUAAAAUAUUUUCAAAAACAUUCACAAUCACGUCUAAACUGAUGAUAUCACCACGUUAGCAUGUUAUUUAAAUAAUCGGUGUUUGAAUCGAUUCCAGGACCUUUGUAAAAAGUAAAUCGUUUGCAAAAUAUUGAAUUUGUUCCAUAAUUCAGCCGCGCUUUGUAUUUAAACUAUUCAUCAAUUUUAUAAUCCUCUUAUAUACACUCAAAAUUACUUUGAUCUCAUUUAAUAUACCUAUUAACACUCGAGAUGAUUGAAUAUGAUUAUUAAACCAAAUAUAAAGAGAAAAUGUAACUGUACAUAUUUGUAAAAUAUCUGAUCAUAUCAUUGUUGAUAUUUUUUGUAUAUUUUAUUGUAGUUGAAUAUUGACAAUUAGCAAUACAUUUCUUGGUUGUGGUUAUUCCUUAUGACUGAUUUUUUUUAUUUAAACAAAAUAAAAACUAAAUGUUGCAUGUAGAUAUUCAUUCAGGCAGACUCGUAUUUUCACAGUAAAUUAAGCUUAAAUUGAUGUCAUUCCUCAACUAAAACUCUGAUUUAUUCACAUAAACACAUUUAAACGUAGAAUAUAGAAAUUCGGCAACGUCUAAUUUUAUAGGCUAAAUAUUAGAUAACAACAAUAGUUUUACUUUUAUAACCCGAACAUUUUAAUAGUACGGAAAGUAUUAUCAUCAAAAUUAAUACAGAAAUUUAUUCAAAGAUCUUUCAAUUCACACCUUUUUAUUGGUUAAAAAAAUCAAGUUAUAUGAGAAAAAUGUCGUUCUCAUAUUUUCUGGGAAAAUUUACCUUCUAUUUACCCCCCAAACUAUGGACCUAAAUGGUCUGCAUAUAAGCCUCCACUUCUUUGGGUCCCUUGCUUUAGAUCUGGAUAUUUUUUUCUUGCCCUCUAUUAUCUUCCAUACAACUCCUUUAAAGAGUCUGUUUUCGUCCAUUAUAACCUCCUUGUUUUUAUAAACGCGCUUAUUCAUGACUCAUUGAAAAGUGUGUAGAUUUCAUGGUUUGAUCUUAUCUCCCGUCCUAACUUUGUCUGCUUUCCUCCAAAAUAUCUUCUUAGUAUUUUAGAAAUGUCUAAUUUCUGUUUAGUUUUAUUCGUUAUUAGCCAGGUUUCACAGGCGUAUGUCAAAGUGGGUAUCAAAAUUGUCUUAUAAAUUCGUAGAUCAGGAUAUGUCUUUAGAUGUUAAUAUUCUCCUGAAGCUGCCUGCACACCUGUUACUUUUGGCAAUUCUUAGUUCGAUUUCCUUUUCUUCUCCUUGCAUUUAUUAUUUAGUAGUAUACCCCAAUACUUGAAAGUUUCUAUUUCCUCCAAUUGUAUUAAUAUUUGAAAUUGUUUUAUUUUCUUGUUUCCACAUUUCCAUUAACUUUGUUUUGUUAUUACUGAAGUGUAGACCUCUUCAGCUGCUAUUAUUAUUUGUUGUGUGGUUUCUUCUGUUUCUGUUUCUUGCUACUAUAUUUUCUAUAAUUAUCUCUUCACUUAUUUCAUUUAUAUUCUUUAUUGAGUUAUGAAAUCAAUUCGAGUUUGGAUUUGCAAUACAAAUAUGUACGAGGCUUUUUCUUCAAUUUUAAUUAAGUAAACAACAAUCAAAACAUUUUUCAAUAUUGAAUGUGCAGCGCAGAACGCUUGUUAAUAAUAAUUUUUUUUCUGCAAAAUCUUGCCAUUUCCUAAAGCAGAAUCCAAGUCCAUAUUUCUAAAAAAUAUUUGUUCGAUUUUUUCCCUUUUUCUUUUUAAUUUUAAUUCUGCAUCGUUCCUUCUGACCGUACAUUUUAUAGUACAACAAGAUUAAAUCAACCACAAACAUGAACUUAAAAAACAAAAAUCACUUAUCUAUAAUCAUCACUAUCGCCAAAUAGACGUUACUAACAAAUAAAGAGCACUUGAACAUCCUUAAAGAUGAAGUAUCUUAAACAACCAAGCAAACGAAAUAAACUCCAGGCUGCAAAUAUAAUAUCCUUUUAUUUUGCUCACUUUAGCUCCAUCCUUCUUAUUUCAUCUCUCUUGCACUGCGUCAAUAUCGAUUGGGCUUGUCCAUAACCUUUAGUAAGUCGAUGAAUCUACCUGAUGAAUAUCUGAUGUGACGCACAUCAGUUUGUUUUUAAGUAUCUGUAAUAUUUUACUCUUCCUAAUAGACUUAAGAAACAGGGUUUUAUCUCAUAAAAAUCUAUUGUAAAAUAAUAUUACUGAUAUCAUUUAAAAAACAAACAUAUCUGUAAAAAUCUAUUUGUCAAAAAAUCUAUUGUAAAUAGACUGAAUGUUUCAAACUAAUAUUUUUUCUUGUAUAAAAAUGAAUGUUUUAUACCCAUAAUAGGUGUGUAUACUUCUUUGAAUGUAAAUAAGAAUAAAUAUAAAAAUUAUCAUGAUCUC